CUUGUCUGUGCUCCUCGUUCAAUACUAUCUUUGGCAUAAAUUACAUGCGUGUAAGCAUACACUACAUUUGUGAAAAAAAUGGCAGCUGGCGAUUACAGAGAAGUGUGAGGAUCUUCACUCGAAAAAAACACGACACUUAACACAACUACACCGGCAUAGAAGCAGACCUGGUCUCCAUAGAAGUGUCACCAUUGGUCAUCAGUCACCAUGGGAAAAACUCAGCUAAAAGAUCAGAAAGAUGUUAAAAAAGAGAAACCAGGAAGAAUGGUUCCACUAUCAGGUACAAGCCCUGCAACAACUAAAGAUGCUUUCAGCUGGGAAGAAUAUCUAAAAGAAACGUCUUCUUUACCUGCUCCACCAGGCUGUUUUCGUCAGGCUAGAGUCCCGCCCUCCAACGACUUCAAGGUGGGAAUGAAGAUUGAAGCCCAUGACCCGCGCAAUUCCACCUCAGUUUGUAUCGCAACUGUGAUGGGUUUAACUGGGGUUCGUCUGCGUCUCCGUCUGGAUGGAAGUGACAACAGCAAUGACUUCUGGAGACUGGUAGACUCCUCGGAUAUCCAGCCUAUUGGCACCUGUGAGAAGAAUGGAGACAUGCUGCAGCCACCGCUGGGAUUUCGGAUGAAUGCCUCCUCAUGGCCCAUGUUUCUGUUGAGAACCUUAAAUGGAGCCGAGAUGGCGCCAGCACUCGCCUUUAAAAAGGAACCUCUGAGGCCCUCCCAGAACAACUUCAAGUCUGGCAUGAAGCUGGAGGCCGUGGACAAGAAGAACCCAUACCUCAUCUGCCCUGCCACCAUUGGGGAAGUGAAGGGCGAUGAGGUCUUUAUCAUGUUCGAUGGGUGGCGCGGUGCCUUUGAUUACUGGUGCAAGUAUGACUCCCGGGACAUCUUCCCUGUGGGCUGGUGCUCCCUCACAAAGCACAGCCUCCAGCCGCCAGGCAACAGUGUUACCCUGCCAAAGAAUCUGCAGAUCCUCCCGGCGUCACCCUCCAAGCCCAGCAGGCGUUCCAUGCAGUCCCCCUACAGACUCCCUAACCCUCUGCCCCCUUUGCCUGUCCGGAAGGGGGUAAGAGGCCGUCGGCCCAAGAGCGAGACCAUCGCCCUACUCAAAGCUGUGGCCGAAGCAGCCGCUGCCCAAAACGGAACUGUACCUGAGAACACACAGCUCGUACCCCGGCCCCAUAAGAAGAGAGGCCCCAAGCCUGGAAGCAAGCGGAAGCCCAAGCUUCUCCAAAGCCCAGCACAGCUGCCCAGCAUCCAGGUUCCACAAGAAAGCCCCCCCAGCCUCAACUCUGUGGUUUCGACAGUGUGUGUGUAUGUGAAUAAGCACGGAAACUGUGGUCCCCACCUGGACAGGAAGCAGAUGCAGCAUCUGCCAGACCACUUUGGCCCGGGGCCAGUGAACGCUGUGCUCCAGCAGGUGGUCCAGUCGUGUAUAGACUGCGCAUACCAGCCUAAAGUCCUGCGCAAUGCUCUGCAGACUCAUUCAGGAGGAGGAGAGAUUGUCCGAGUGAGAACAGAUGGUGGCGUUAGCAUGGUCAAACUCCCAUCAGCCUCCAGUGCUUCCUUUGUGCUGCGGUUCUUGGAGACUAUGUGUCGUCACCUGCAAUGUGACAACCUGUUCAGCAGCCAGCCGUUCAGCCACUACGCUGCUUAUGACAGGACCAAGUCAGCCCAUCGUUGCUGUGUUUCAGUGAAAGAAGAGGCGUUGGACGCUCCAUCUCUGGCUCGGGGGACUAAACGGAGUCUCUCUGGAGUCUCCCCAACAUAUGCAGCCCCUCUGUCACCUAAACAUUUACGUACCGAAGCUCACCCUUCAGAAGCAGAGACCCUGCCCCAUGAAGAGAACAACCUAAUAAAGGAGCAGCGCUACAUGGACUCAGCCUCCAACUCCAUGACCCCUCGGCCCCAAACGGUGCGCAGCUCCUCAGAGUACCACGCUCAGGCCAGCAGCCUGUACCACCUGGGCACAGCCAUGCGCCGCCACUCCUCCAACCCCGCAGAGCUCAGCUCCGCACAGCCUCUCAGACGGGUCGAAGCAGCCAGCUCCACCACAGGCCCUGAGGCGCUGGUGUCUGAGCGGGAGAGUGUGCCACUGCCCAGCAAAAACCCCUCCUCCUGGUCCAUUGAAGAGGUGAUGCAGUUUGUGAGGGGUGCUGACCCCACAGCGUUAGCCCCACAUGCUGAACUAUUCAGAAAACAUGAGAUUGAUGGGAAAGCUCUGAUGCUGCUACGGAGCGACAUGAUCAUGAAGUACAUGGGUCUGAAACUGGGGCCUGCGCUGAAGUUAUGCCAUCACAUAGAAAGGCUGAAACAAGGCAAACUGUAAGAGGAGCCGGGGCAGCCCUGUCCCUGCCAGGCCCAUGAGCAAUAAGCCCUGAAGGAGCCAGCGUUCGGACACUGACUCAUGGGGCACGCAGGGGGCGACAUGUUACUCUCGACUCCACCUCAGGGGACUGAAUAGAUGUUACACAACUUCAUCCCAACUUCCAGAGUGGAGAAAGUGUGCCGUGCAUUGCUGAUACGUUACCUCAUCCCCUCAUCAGUGAACGAAAAGCUGUUCAAGUCUAACAGACGGCUAUUUGACUUUUAAUGAAAUCCCAAAGGAAAAGAAUCCCUGUAGUGUUUACAUUUGCAUAGCACAUGAGCACACGAGGACACUUUUUUACGGAGAUGAAAUCUUUUGAUCCUGGUUUUGGAUCCCCAAAGAUGGAGAAUGUUUCUUCUUAUAUAAUGUUUUUAUUCUUGAUGAAUUUCCACUUAAUAAGGAAGGGUUGGUAUAUGGGAAAAAUACAGAAAAUAAAUCCAUCAGAUGUUCUUCCCCAUGCUCUUGAAUUUGAAUUUGAAAGCACUCUGGUCUGUGCUGUUGUAUAGCCGUUCUCACUCUUCACACAUAUAUCCGCCUGCCCAGAGGAUGCUAAUAUCAAUGCAUUCCAUUUUGUUCACACAAUGCUAGACGGCCGUUUUCAUUUGCUUGAGCAUUGUCGGUAUCGUGUAGGGAUCGUGUCAUAUUCUGACAGUUUUGAUUGAACCUCACCUUUUCCACUAGUGUCGUGCAGGAUCACCUGCUGUGUGGCAUGAUGUAUUAUUGUGUCUUAGCGAGCCCUACGUCGCCUCUCACUGGUCUCCAUGCAGUUCUUAUCAAAGUCCAACCGUUUGUGUCCCAAGCUCUGAGCUAACUUAGAAGUUAUGGGUUUAUUAAUGUCAAUUGACAGAUUGUUAAGACAUUUCGAAGGGCUUUUUUUUUUUUUUGUUUAGUUUGAUGUAAUAUUUUUUAUCAGUCAUAAAUCAUGUAAGCCUGUCGGUCCGCCUACGGCUUCAGUGUUGUCACUUUUGACCGUUACAAUCACUGUUAGCAAUGAAAACAGAUGUGUACAGUUUUAUGGGUUUAACCAUGAAUAUCAGCGACAGAAUGUACAUUUUGUAGAAACGUAAUAUUUUAAGGAAAUCAUAAACAUAGGUUAGAAAUGUGAAGGGGAUGGGGAUGUGGUGAAUAUUUCACAGUGGAUUCCAUUCUGCUUUUUAAUACUUAACACAACGCUUUUAGUUCAAAUACUCCCUGUAAUAGACUCUGCCUUGCUUUACCUAUGACAUUUCUCAGGUUUAUGUGGUCUUUGUUAGUACAAGCUUUUGUAGCAUACUGUUUAUAAUAUCCUUAACAGAAUUCUGCUGUUAUUUCCUUCCUCGAUUUUAAAAAGACUUGUGCCAUAUGAUACUCAACACAGGAUCGAAGUGCUGUUGAGUUCCUUCUCUUAUCUUCUUCAAACUACUUGAAAAAUGUGUUGCAAAAAAGUUACUUGUCCAUUAUGUCACACCAGAUAAACAAUAUGUGUUUAUGAUGUUGUGUAUUUCCUUUUUAUAAAUCUACCAAAAACAA